AUGGUCGGCACUCAUCAAUUACCACCCAACUUGCUCAAACUCUUUGCCCCUCGUCCUCCACUCCCCUACUCCAAACCACUCGGACGGGAUCCCGAUGUCUCAAUCCACAAAAAGCACAUCAGCUGCGUAUCUCCUCUUCUCGAUCGUCUGAAGUUGGAAGCCGCUAGCACCAAUGAGGAUGGCAUCAAUCAGGAGAAUGGAGAAAAGGAUCCCUUGGUCGACCGCAUGCCACCUGAGACCUUGACUGACUCGAUGCAAGUUCAGUUCGAGCGUCGCCAGGAAGAACGCCGUCGGAGGAAAGAAGAACAACUAGCAAGAGAGGAAGAUUAUGAUCCUAAACAAGAUCCAAACGCCACUGGGGAUCCAUAUCGGACGUUAUUUAUCUCUCGAUUAUCAUACGAAGUAACCGAAUCGGAUCUGAAACGAGAGUUUGAUAUGUAUGGACCGAUUGAAAAACUGGUGAUCGUGAAGAAUAAACUGACGGGUAAAAGUCAGGGGUAUGCGUUCAUACUAUUUGAACGUGAAAAGGACAUGAAGGCCGCAUACAAGGAUGCUGAAGGACUGAAGAUCAAAGGACGCCGGAUUCUAGUAGAUGUGGAGCGGGGAAGGACAGUCAAAGGCUGGAAGCCUCGUCGUCUCGGUGGUGGACUAGGAGGCCGACCGAAAGCACCAUCAGCAGCAGUCGCAGCGCAACCAGACUUAGCCCCAGCUUCUGGUGGAUUCGGAUUUCGAGGCGGUUCUGGCCCACGGCCUGGGGGCGGGGGUGGAGGAGGUUUCAGACCUGGAGGUGGAGGUGGAGGGGGGGGUGGCUUUCGCAACGGGUCAUCUUCUGGCCCUGGCGCAGGACGAAUGGGUGAUCGCGGAUUUGGUGGAGGGGGUAGACCAGGAAAUGACCGUUUCGGAAGUAGUGGUGGUAGCAGUCGGGGCGGUCGGGAUCGAGGAUUCGGCGAUCGGCCUGGAGGUGCUCCCGGAGGAUUUGGCUCUCGUGGCGCUGGAAUUGGAUACUCAGGCGGCGGCGGAGGCGGCGGCGGCGGAGGAGGAGGAUUCUCGGGCACGGGUGCAAAUGCUGGAGCAGGCCCGGGUCAAGGCUGGGCCAGCCGACAAAACAACUCAUCAAGUCAAAACGGAUCCAAACGAGAAUUUGAAGAUUUCCGCAACUCUGACAGUCACGGAGGAGGCUACGAUGAUUACCAUAAAAAACCAAGAUAUUAA